CCAGAGCUGUGCUCAAGAGGACAACAGCUCACCAGGACCGUCCCAUCCCGACAACAGGAGGAACAGACAGAGCCAGGAAGAGUUUAUAUCGGGAUAUGAAGCUUUUUCCGCCUGGUAUUAGCGGACACACCGUGUUGUCCUGGCAACUCUGAGUGGAGAGCUAUUGAAUUACAAAAAUGGGGCCCAGGUUUUCUGUUCUCGGGAUGUUCUGCAGCAGAAAAUGAGCUGACCGACUUUGACCGUGUCGGUGAGUGGUUUUCUUAUUCAGACUUUAAAAAGUCACGGAUUGUUCAAGUGUCGGUGGAUCUACUGUGGGCAACAAAAGGAGCGGGUGACGUCUAUGAUGUCAUCGCUGUGAGCAGCUGAGGAGAGAAGAACAGACAGAGGGUCUGCUGCCUGAUCAUGACUGCUGUGGUUCGACCUGGAGUCAAUGUUUCAGAGCUAUGUGAGGAUGGAGACAGGUUCCUUGAGGCUGGAGAGCUGGGGAGGGCAACCUCCCUCUACAUGUCUGCCUUCAGGACUCACGCCACCUCCACUGUGUCCCACCUGCGAAAAUUGUCCAGCCUGUGUGGGGUAAUCUCUACUCUAGAAGGUUGGCUUGACAGUCAUGGGGAGACUCCGCCUGCUGAGGGUCUUAAUAAAGGUCUAGCAGCUGUGUUUCUGUCCACACUCUGUCCCAACAAUCUUUCUGCCACCAUUUUCAAAAUGGAGUCUCUCCUUCAUAGUGGCAGGCAUGGUUGUGAGGAGAUUUUUGCUCGCUGCACUGCUCUGCUUGAAGGGAAGCGAACCCCUCAUCCAGAGGGGUAUACUCGCGUGGUGUUGGAGAUAACUCGUGCCCUGGCAUGCUUGUUCUCAGAGCCUCACAGUGUCAAGGGACUAAAGCUUUACCUCAACGCUUACAAGAGCAACAAAUCAGAAACUGUCACACUGGUGAAGAGCAGACAAGCUCAGCACCUACCCAAAAUAGUGAAAGCCUUCACAGACCAAAUACUGCACAUACAUCCCUCUCUGAUGUUUGACAGUGAGUGUGAAGUGACAACAAAGAGGAAGGAAAAGCUAGACGUUGAGUCUUAUACAAUGACUGAGUUUUUGUCAGCUCUCUCACCAAGUAACAGAGAAGUGCAGGAAAUUCAAGCAGCACAUUUGUUUUUCACAGGCAGGUUUGGGGACAGUGCAGAGGUGUAUUCUGCUGUCUUGCAGCAAAGUCAUUGUCAGCAAAUGUCAGAGAGUAGUAUAGACGAUACAGUCCAAGACACACCUGAGAGGAGAGCUAGACUUUUAACCGGUCGAGCAGCUGCCUGCUUCUCAGCGGGCGGGAGAACUGCAGAGGCCUGCAGGGAUCUGGGGGAGGCAUUUGAGAUCCACCCUGCCUGUGCUCGAACUUAUUUCCAAAAGCUCUUCACAGAUCACGGUACAGGGGUGGCUGCUCGUAACCAUCUCCGUCAGCAGGCAGAGAGGGGCUUAUCUGGCUACAGAGAGAGGGUCCUCAUUCGUCCAGACCUGCGGUCCACAGAGGGAGUUGAACUUUUGGACCCUGCGAUCUCUCAGUUACGGACUCUGUGCCAUUUAGAGCCUGACGGGGGAGGCAGAGAGCUGCGGGUACGACUGGCUGACUGUCUCCUUCUCAGAGGGGGACACAAAGAGGCCCUCUCUAUCUGUAGCCAGCUAGCUGCUGCACAAGGUCAGCAGAGCUAUCAGAACACUGUGCAAGUUCUUCGUGGAUAUGCACGACUUCUCAAUGAUGACCACAAGGGGGCGUUAGAAGACUUCCAGGCUGUGAUUGAACACAAUGCCCCCCACCCAUCCAGCUGUGUACGGGCACUCUGUGGCAGGGGGCUUCUUCGUAUGAUGGGCGGCUUCAACUACCUCACAGCACUAGAUUAUGUGACAGCCAGCAGGCUGCAGCCUCAGGAAACAGCACUGACUGUUCGCUGCUUAGUGCCAUGGAACUGCCGGGGGCUGCUGAUUACAGUUUUAUUGGAGCAGGGACGAGUCAUGCUGGAGGGGACUGGAGAGCACGGAUCCACCUCCAGUUCAAGUGAAAACUCCCAGCAGCCACUGCAGGGGGAUCAGCUUCAGGCACCAUCAAAGAGAGACAACCACAGAGCCGGGACUCCUGCUGGUGUCCAGUCCCUGGCUGUGCUACUGAUGGAGCUGCAGCCCAGUGCUGAUGGGCCUCAGAUCCUGGCAGCAGACGCCUUGUACCAGCUUGGUCGGGUGGAGGAGGCCUACCGGCUACUGCUCUCCAUCGGGCCCACCAGUCCUCGGGCACCUGUUCUGGCUCGCCUCGCCCUGCUGCAGCUGCACCGGGGCUUUCUCUAUGACACCAAUCAGCUGCUGAAAAAGCUCAUUCAGUGCAGUGAUACUAGCUGCUUGCGCCCCCUGUUGGCGGUGGCACAACAGAGGGACCGGGCGCUGCUGCAGGCACACUGCCACUCCGCUGCAAAACGCAUCCUGGAGGCCAAGAGAGAGGAGAGGGCUGUCAGGGAGGCUGUGGCCUAUCUCUCCAUCGCCAUCAUGGCUUCUGGUGGCGAGGCAGCAGACUCCUUGCUGGAGAGAGCGAGGUGUUAUGUCCUGCUCGGCCAACGAAAGACAGCCAUCUUUGAUUUCAGUGCCAUUCUUAGGGAGCACCCGAAACACGUUCAGGCCCUCUGUGGAAGAGGCUUCACCUACCUCAUGCUGAGCCAACAAAAGGAAUGCACUCAUGAUAUCCUGGCAGCACUUCAGAUAAACACUGACAUAGUCACCAAAGACAUCCUGUCACUCAAGGACAAGGCACGGAAACUGGUCUGUGAUUGGUUGCAUCAGUUCUGCAGGACCAGUCUGUCAGACAUCCUGGUUACUAGUGCUGUCCCCUGCCAGGAAGAGCAGCUCAGAGAGGCUUUUAUAAUCGGUGGAGCUCUGAUGAGGACAGACUGCAGAGACCCCAGAUGGCAUCUCCUCUAUGUGGACAUACUUUUAGCCAAAGGUGAAUUGAAGGCAGCAGGAGCUCAUCUGAGCCAGGUGUUUGGUCAGGAGCCAAGAGAUGCAGUGGCCCAGGCCAGGUUGGGUGUGGUGGAGGCCUGGCAGCAGAAUUACUGCAGCGCAGCUCGCAGGCUCAGCAAACUCACUGAGAAAGAUCCAUCCAGUUUGGACUUUUUACUGGACCUCAUCCCGUUCAAUCAGCGAAAACACAUGGCACAGGCAGCAGCACAGGAGGCCAGCAGUGUGUCAUCAGCUGGCCAGUGGGAUCAGGCCCUCACCCUCCUGAAUGUGGCGAUACAAGCUGUGGGCAAUCACAGACUCCAGUAUCUUCGCCAGCGGGCUGCUUGCCUUGCACAGCUGGGCUUACACAAGAGGGCCAUAGCUGACCUAGACCGAGUUAUCCAGAAACACGGUGGAUCCGACCCCAGCGGCUCAGAUGACCCCCAAGUCUGGGCGGAGGACCUGUGUCGUCGAGGUCGCAGCCUGGUGUUGUGUUCCAGAGAAGGACCAGCUCUGGAGGACUUCAGCCGGGCCUUAGAGCUCCACAGGGACCAGGCCAUCCAGUGCGUGGAAGCUGGUCUGGGCAGGCUGCGUCUGGCUGAAUGCUUCUUGCGGGGGGCACUGCUGCACUACGGGGAGCAGCAGCUCAGCAAAGCUUGGACAUUGAUUGAAUGCGGCCUUGUUGUGGACAGUGAGAACGCAGAGCUCCGCAGACUGAGGGCAAGGGUCAAACGAGAAGUAGCCAGCCCUUGCAAUGUCAACUAAUGUUGAUUGAGAGCCGCACAGGACACAAGAGCUCCAGCCGAGGUUAAAUGAUGUAGCCAUCAUGAUGUAGUGCCUGUACCUGAAAAUGUUGUAUUGUAGAGGAACGAUCUAUCUCGUUGAGGACUCUUCCACAGUGUUUUAGGACACGGUGCUUCGGUUCUUAUCAUGUCUUCCCAGUUCAAAUUAAGUAUGUAGGAUUAACAGCAGUGUAUGUUAAAUAACAAUAAUACUGAUAAUAAUAAUAAUACUUUAUUUGUACAGCACUUUUUUAAAGUUACAAAAAGCGUC